GUCAAAAAAAAGAAAAGAUAACCGUUGGGAUACACUGUCUAGCAGCAAGAAACCAUCAUUUUGAAAAACUCACAAUCUGCUUCCUUCCUUCAAAUAUUGCAUUCCUUUCACUCACGCCAACAACGCCACCCUCGCCAAACUUUAGCCACAACCACAAUAUGCAAGACUUUUUGGGCUCUCUUCGCCGCUCCCUGGUUUUCCGACCCGGGGGUGACGAUGCUCCUUUUGCCGGAAUCGCCGACAAGCUUGGCUCCGCCAUUCGCAAAUCGCGAAUCGCGUUAAAACCUCCUCCUCCUCCCAUCCGGUGGCGCAAGGGCGAAUUGAUUGGUUCCGGUGCCUUCGGUCACGUCUACAUGGGAAUGAACCUCGAUUCCGGGGAGCUUAUUGCCAUCAAACAGGUUUUAAUCGCUCCUGGUAGCGCUUACAAGGAGAACACACAGGCUAAUAUUCGGGAGCUCGAAGAAGAAGUUAAGCUUCUCAAGAAUCUUAAGCAUCCAAAUAUUGUUAGAUACUUGGGAACUGCGAGAGAGGAGAACUCCUUAAAUAUUCUGCUGGAGUUCGUACCCGGUGGUUCUAUCUCAUCACUUUUGGGGAAAUUUGGAUCCUUCCCCGAAUCCGUUAUAAGAAUGUAUACGAAACAGCUUUUACUGGGCCUUGAAUACCUUCACAAUAAUGGGAUUAUUCACAGAGAUAUUAAGGGAGCCAACAUUCUAGUUGAUAACAAAGGGUGCAUUAAACUUGCAGACUUUGGUGCAUCCAAGAAAGUUGUUGAACUGGCUACUAUUAACGGUGCAAAAUCAAUGAAGGGCACGCCACAUUGGAUGUCCCCUGAAGUUAUUCUACAAACAGGACAUACAAUCUCCACUGAUAUAUGGAGUGUUGCAUGCACCGUGAUAGAGAUGGCCACAGGGAAGCCUCCAUGGAGUCAACAGUAUCCCCAAGAGGUUUCAGCUCUUUUCUAUAUUGGGACAACUAAAUCUCAUCCACCCAUACCUGAUCAUCUGUCAGCUGAGGCCAAAGACUUUUUGCUGAAAUGUUUCCACAAGGAACCAGAUUUAAGGCCUUCUGCAUCAGAGUUGUUACAGCAUCCGUUCAUCACCUCUGAAUAUCAUGGAUCGCAUUCAAUCUUACGCAGUUCAAUCAGGGAUUCUUGCAAUAAGAUGGCAACAUAUGGAAUGAACUCUAGAACCUUCUUGGAUUCUGUCCAGGGAUCAACUUGCACUGGCUUAAAGGAUGUUUGUCAGAUAGACAGCAUAAAAUUCUCAACUGUGUAUCAUAAAGCAGGUUCCUACCAGAGAGCAGACAACAAUGAUGAUGACAUGUGUCUGAUGGAUGAAGAUGAUUUUUUGAUUGGUUCACCAGUAAAAUCUGCAUCUCUAUUAGCUUCUGAUGAUACGAAGAGUUGCAAUCCUUCGAGCAAACCUGCGGAUGAUCAUCCUUGCGAUUUUAAUGAAAGCCUAUAUUUAGAGAAAAACAGACCGCACCUAUCAUUUUCAAGUGAGCCUCUAGGAACUGAAGAUGAUGAAGAAGUUACUGAAUGUAAAAUUAGAGAGUUCCUUGAUGAUAAGGCACUUGAGCUGAAGAAGCUUCAAACACCUCUUUAUGAAGAAUUCUUAAGCAUAUCAAAUGCAGCCAUUGCUCCUACUCCCUUUGCAAAGAGUAAAGUUAUGUCGGGUGUCCCAAAUGUAACAUCAAAACUCAGAUCGCCUAGUCAGGCUUGGAGACGAUUCUCAAUGGUUGGCAGUGCUACUGUAGCAAGCCCUGGAAGUCAUACCAAAUACCGAUCGAAGCAUAAUGGUGGUUACUGUCAACCUUUGCAGGAAAUUCAGCCACCUAAGCUUAAUGAAUCAAAGGAGACUCUUCAUGACGCUGAGCUGGAAUCAUCUAGUGUAAGCUCAAACUUCUCUGAGAGGCAAAGGAAAUGGAAAGAAGAAUUGGUUGAAGAGCUGGAGUGGAAGCGAGAGAUGAUGCGUCGGGCCGGAACUGGAGGAAAGAUUACAUCUCCAAAGGAUCGCAGAUUUUUUGAAGACUGAUGGUUUUACUGACUUCCUAUUCAUCUUGACAUUUUACUACAGGGAGAAGAAAGCGUUUUUCCCUUAGAGAAGUCAUAUCUAAUCUUGCAAUGUCAUCAAAUAAGAUGUUGCAACAAAGAGUUGGAAAUAUUUUGUCAAUUCAAUGUAAUAUAGCGGGAUAUGCAUUAUAGAGUGUACUGAGUUAUGUAUAAAACAUAUAUAAUGGAAAUAUUCAAAGGGAAUUAGUCUGUUGGGUAUAAAAUAAUGCGUGGUUGCCAUUUAUUUUCUAAUUUAUUUUGUCUGGAUAAACAUUUCAGGGGUCG